GGCGCUCGUACGCAUGGUGCAUCGAAAGUGAAGUUCGGGGCCGUACAGCGCCAAAAUAAUGUCGUCUCACAUGUGCACGCAACGAUUAAAUGGUUUUCUUCACGAACGCUCAUCGCUGGUUCAGUUUGUUUACAGCCGCACAUCGCGACAGAACAGAGUGUGGUGGUUCGCGUCGCGACGGUGUUUUUUUCACCUAUCUGUAAUUGUUUGAGUUUCAUAGUCAGUAUCGAUGGCUUGGCGGCACACCGGGACUACUAUUUGUCGAGUGGUUCUAUAUCAUAGCUACACACAGCAACCUGCACACAACCAUUGCGAUUGACGAAGAACUCGGAAGCCCGCAUGUUGCGGGCUACUUAUAGAAGAACUUCACAGUCGAAGUUGCUCUCAGCUGCUGAUCAGUAUUCGACGGGCAGCGGUUCGAUCAAGAACGGUUUUCGGUGGCUUGGCAGUGUCUGGUGGUUCAGGUUCUGGGCACGGUUCGGAGCUGUUUAGAAGCAGUUGAACGCGACACGUGAAGUCGACUAUACUCAGUGCCAUAUGCUUCAAAGUUUUAUGACACCUCGUAAAAUAUCGGCCGCUGCAAUUUCGUGGUGACGCAUGGUUAAAUAUGCUGGCGUACUGCUAGAAAAGAUUGGCUGAAGCUGAUGAUGCAGCAACAAGGACUGCCGAAGAUCUUGUGAAACCUAAACUGCAUUAUGUGUUUGGAAGUAUUUUAAAGAUAAUUGGCGGUAGUAAAGCGCAGAGAUCAGCCUGUUUGUGUACUGCGUCGGUGGCACUGGCAAGUAAGGUAGCGCGGAGAGUGAAUAGUGAAUUAAAAAACAAGUUCUGCAUACCGAAGAGCAGUGCAAUUUUGGUUUGACCUAGAUGUCGUGAAGUUUGCUGUAAUUGAUCAACAAAACGCAUAAAGCGGUGAGCGUAACUCGUUGAAGAUGAUGAGCGAAUCGCGUUUUCAUUAGGCUGCAAAUGGCAAAGUAGAGUAGCUGUUUCUAAUCGUCAUAAACUUCAGUCAGUUUUGGUGAUCACGUUAGAAGAAAUUCAUAGUGUCGGUGUCUGGCAGGCGUCACAAUUGACAGUAGCAAGCUGAAGAAGAUCGCGUUCGCCGAUCGCUCCCUCCAAACAACUACACUGCGAUUGUAAUGGAAAUGAGGUAAAGUGUGACCGGCAGUCCCAGAAAGGAGUUAUUUUAAAAUACUUCAGGAGAAGCAGAGAGUGUUUUGCUGUUGCUGCUAAAAAUAAAGUGUUUUAUGUAAAACAAAAAUAUCGGUGCCAUCAACAAAGGUGGGCCAUAGUGAUGAUGGUCGUAGGAAAGAAAUAAGUUGAAUGAAGAAAUGGAGUGAAAAGCAUUCGGUUCAAAAGGCAAAAAUAAACCAAGCCAGUUUCGGCAACUGAAUUUCUACGAAACGAGCUGAAUUACCUAGCUGGCGCAAUUGGAAGUAAACAAACAACUGGCCACAAUUAUUGGUGACAGUCACAACUAACGAGCGUCCAAAGCUGUUUCGGCCAUCACCUUGACGAACCGCGAGCUGUUGGCAGAUCACGUUCAUGACCCCUGCCGGAAUCCAUUCUGCUUGACGAUGGUAUGAGAGAGGCAGAGAUUAAAAGCAAACCAGAUCCAUGUGCGAACACUGGUGAGUUGAUGCGAAGGCUCCAGUGCGCGAGAGCAAGUCAAGGACCGCAGCCUGCGCCCUAGAACUAGUUAUUGGUCGGAGGGAGACCCAACUCCUUCCCGUCAAUAACCGGGUUAUGACGAAGCUCGCCCUUUUGCAUGUGCUGGGCACACUGCUAGGACCACUGCUGGUUUGCACGCUACUACUGACGACGCUGGACACAUGCGCGGGUCAGCGCGAAUCGCAACUGCGGCUAGGCAAAGCAAUCAACAUCUUCAUCCGCUAUGGCUAUCUAUCAAUUUCGAUGAAGGUGAUAUCGUACAACGAUAGCGAGACUUGGUUGUUCAAGGAACCGACGAAAAAUAUUUUCAAGGGUCUAGACCAACUGAAGACCGAUGAGUACGAGGUAAAACCGGGAGUUUUCAACGGCGACUUUCACAUGGAAUUUUGCGACAACAAGCGACAACUGUUCCAGGCAUACUUUCGAGACUUCCAGAUCGAACGUUUGGACAACCCGUGGCGUGCGUACACCGAAGGCUGGCACACGGAGAUAGCCGCCAAAAAGCUAGGAAUCCAAAGCAAGUAUCUCGAGCGGGACGACUACUGCUAUGUGCUGGUUCGAGUGUCCCGAUUUCGGGAUAGUGCCAAGUUCUCCAAGCCGAUCCCGCCGAACCAGAUGCUGGACAAUGAGGUGCAACGAAAAGUGCAAAGUGUAUCGAUCGGAGACACAACGUCGGCGGUGCAGUUCAUGAACAAGUACGGAACCCACUACAUCAAUUCGUACAUGACCGGUAACUCCCUCUAUCAAGUGUUUGUGUUCAACAAGCGAAACUACGCACACAUCAAAGAAAAGCUUAAAUCACGGGGAGUGCUGGCACUGUCCAAGGUGGAUUUGUACGAUCAUUUUGCCCCGUGGUACGUUGAGCACAUGGGUAAAAUCCGAUGCGCCAGCGGGAAUACCACCGUUGAAGGUUGGGCCUCCCGAAAGCUUCGAUUGUCCUACUAUGUGUUCACCUACAGUAGUCUGCUAAAGCUGCACGGCGAUGGAGCCCUGCUUCGAAUACUGAGUGAACUGCUGCAGAACGAAGCCAUUCUGCAGCUUGACUUGAAAUCGCUUAGUGUGAUAUUUAAAGAACCUGCCAAACGAGCGUGGUUCGAAGAGAUACUAGAUAACUAUUUGAAAUUAUGGGAAGUUAACAUGUAGAAGGAAGGAAAUCAGUAAGUCUAUCUAAAACAGCAAAAUCCUUAAUUUCUAGCCGCAGCUAAGUGAAAACAGUCAUUCAUUUAAAAUUUCGUUUAAGGUAAUACUGACUAGAGUAAGCAUAAGUUUCGUGUAGAACACCAAAGCAAGAAGGCGCAGAGUAACUUCGAAAAUUAAGUUAGAUGAAUUACCGACCAGUCGCAGGGUUUCCAGUUAUAGUCCGCAACAGUGUUACGAUGAUGCCGGCAGAGCUGAAAUUACUACUUUGAAAAGUAGGUCCUUUCAUUCCGACACUGAAAAGGCUAAAAGGAACUGUUUGUAGUAAAUACUAAACAAACAAAUUAAACGGAAGCAUUGUGAAGUACAAAAUAGAAUAACCACUUAAGAUGAAACCCUCAUUAGAGACUCCCUUGAGCAUCCACCUUGAAGUAUCGCUAAUCCGGUAGUUCGAUACACAUUCAAACUUCAACUAAACAAGCCAUAAUCUAAACCAGAAGACGCUACACGCCGCUUUGGGAUUAUGGAGUGUAAUGUUUACCAAUCGAGUGCCACCUUGUCGUGCAUCAACAUGAGCGACAGUUCGUGUUAUUCUAGUGACUUAAACGAGCUUAGCCGGGCAGCCGCUGGUCAUCCUGCUAGCUGCGAAUGUAAAUAAUAGCACGAUCUUCUAGGUUUUGAAGGUGCAAAACGCUUCCUUUUACCCUCUUAAAAUGCCAUCGUUCGACUGAACACGUCUUGUAAGAGGAUAGCUAAACUCCCGACACGUGCUGUCUCAAUUAUUCUUGAAAGCCGCACAAUCGCGUUUACGUAAGCGAUUGUCUGGAUUUAAAUCCAUUCAAUUAAAAUGGCAACAGAAAUGUCGAACGAGUCCGAUAGGUGCCGGCACGGGCUCAUCGUAUAGAGUGAUUUUUCUGUUGGUAAACAAACAGCGAUACUAGAAAAUAAACUGUCACUGCGACCGAUUUAUUGACAAAACAUAGCUCAACCUAAAAAAACGAAACAUGUGGGUAGUUAGAGGAAACAAAAAUGGAUUACAGUUUUGGUUCAAAUGGGUUUUUUUCGUUGCAAUUGUUCGUUUAUAUAUCACCUCAUCGGAACACUACCGUCAGCAGACCGAACGAACGGUGCUCCUAAAUAUUGAUCAUAAUUCAGUGCUCUUACUUUUAUAGAGCAUGAUAUGAAACAAAAAUAAAAAAAAUUGAGAUAAACUAACAAAUUGAAAUUGAAUCACCGCGGUUGUUUUAUUGUCAAAAAAAUGGAAAAGCAAAAAGCCAAUGUACCGACUUUUGAAUACUGGAAUAUAUAAGAGUGGGCCAAAAACGAGUUUUCUAAUUACUGUUGACUUUUGGAAUAUUGAUUUAGAGAUAGAUAGAUUUUUUUACGAUCAAUUGAGGGACUUUUCAUAUAGAAUUACAUGUGGAAAGCUCGAAUCCUAAAAAAAUACUAAUCAUACACAUUAUUUUUUGUUAAUUAAUAUGGCUCGACUCUUCUGAUCGUGCAUACAGCCACUCCAUAGAAAAGCACACUUCAAAAUUUAACACUGCUCCAAGUUUGUAUAAAACUAAUGCAUAACAUUUGAACCACCGAAUCUAUUUUAAUGACUUUGGUGUUAAAUGAAAGAAAGUUUGAUGAGCUUUUGAGAAAAAAGUAUUGAAUUAAACCCUUAAUUUUUUUAUAAUUACACAAUCUUCUAAGGAAUAAAGUUGCGAUACUGCAAUGGGGGCGCUUUGUGUUUUAAUUUUAUCUGCGCAUAUUUCUGGCAAGUUGACGGAUAUUUUUUGGUUAAAUAUUCCUAUCCGAGUCAUCAACUUUCGGAAUUUAAAAAAGUUAUUGACACUAGUUUUACCUGCAUCCCCGGUUUUAUGAAUUGAGUGCAUUACUGUUAGUAAAAUUAAAUAUUACCUAUAGUUAUAAUUUGUCAUUCACGGCUUUCAGAAUUCUAGCAUAUUUUCAACCACGAAAAA